UGUUUUUCAGAUUAGUGCAGCCCUCCACUGAGAGUGCGAAAGUUAGCGCCUCUCAGUGGAACGCUGCUCAAUCUCAUAAUUAUUGUGCAUUUCUACAGCAUGCGUGUGACAAAGUUCAGCACACGGGGAGGUAUGAAGCCGAGCAUGCCGAAUACUCGUCAUCCCCGCGGUGCCCCCAUGGGGUGUCACUCCAUACGGAGAACCAAGAACAGGCCGAGAAAGAAUUAUGCCAUGGCCUUUCAGAUAUCUGCUUGGCUCCACAGUCACGGACUGCUGAUCUUCUAGGCGAUAUGAUCCUACACAUCACUCACUUUUCUACUUAACCUGCUGCUACCAUGUCUAGAAUCCCACCAUCUUUACGCACGAGAUAUCAAUAUGGCGAACGAGAAGCUCUCCUACGAUCGCAAAAGUGCUGGUCCUGAAGGCGAGACUGACAGGAUUGAUAUUAAGGAUGAGAGGAGCUCCGGUUCUGCCUCCCCUGAACCUUCACACGAAGCCACUCUCUGGGAAAGACAACGCGAUCCAUACUUGGGCAAAUCUGAGCGCGAUGUCAUCACUGAUCUUGAAGGCCUGGUUCAACAAUACGACUUGCACGACCUCAAGGAAGAACUUGCUCGGGGUGCUCGCUACGCUUACAACCGCGACGACACCGAUCGUCUCAAUCCUACCGAAGAUGAGAGACAUUGGAUUGCGAAGGAGAAGAGUCCUGCUUUCAAAGACAAGUGGGCUCAGACUAAGAUGAUGUACUUUGUUGCCUUCCUUUGUGGUUCCGCUGCUAUUGUCCAAGGUAUGGACCAGACCGCGGUGAACGGUGCUCAACUAGGUUAUUUCGAAGACUUCAACAUCACCAAUGAGUGGGAGCAGGGUCUGAUCAAUGGCGCCCCAUACCUCUGCUCUGUAUUAAUCGGCUGCUGGACAUCACCUGUGCUCAACAAAUACUUCGGUCGUCGUGGCACUAUCUGGAUAUCGUGUUUCGUUUCAAUAGCAUCCGGAGCCUGGCAAGGUGCUACGUUCGACAAAUGGCAACUUUUCGCCUCACGUUUCGUUGGAGGUUUUGCUAUCGGUGCCAAAUCAUCAACCACCCCUGCGUACGCUGCUGAGUGUUCUCCGCCUCGCAUCAGAGGUGCUUUGGGGUCUCAAUGGCAGAUGUGGACUGCUUUCGGCAUCAUGCUCGGAUUCAUCGCUUCAGUAGCCUUUUACGGCAUUGAAGUUGAAGGCUAUCCAGGCCUGGACUGGAGAUUGAUGCUUGCUUCCACCAGUAUACCGCCCAUCUUCGUCUGCUGCAUGACCUUCUUCGCCCCUGAAAGUCCACGCUGGCUCAUGAGCAAAGAAAGAUACCGCGAAGCCUUCCAGUCUCUUUGCAGACUUCGUCAAUGUCACUUGCACGCAGCGAGAGAUUUAUACGACAUCCAUAUCCGUCUAAUGCUCGAACACGAACUCAAACCGAAGACUGCCUGGGCUAGAGCCACUAAGCUUUUCUCUGUGCCCAGAAAUCGUCGUGCAGCUCAGUCGGCCUUCUUUGUUAUGCUGAUGCAGCAGUUCUGCGGCGUUAACGUCAUUGCAUACUACUCGUCGGCUAUAUUCGUUGAUGCUGGUUUCACUGUGCAGCGUGCCUUGCUCGCCUCUAUGGGAACUGGUAUCAUUAAUUGGCUGUUCGCCAUUCCUGGUAUCCUAACGAUUGACACAAAAGGCCGCAGAUGGCUUCUGCUUGUCACGUUUCCCUACAUGGCAGCUUGCCUCUUCUUCACCGGAUUCUCAUUCUUCAUCCCUGAAGAUCGUGGUGAUGCUAGAAUCGCAUGUGUAGCGACAGGCAUCUAUCUCUUCAUGGUCGGCUACAGUCCCGGCAUGGGUCCCGUACCAUUCACCUACUCUGCUGAAUCAUUCCCACUCGCCGUCCGUGACACCGGCAUGGCAUUCGCAACAGCCACGUGCUGGGGAUUUAACUUCAUCCUCGCAUUGACGUGGCCAGCCCUUCAAACAGCCUUCACAACUCAAGGCGCUUUCUGCUGGUACGCAGCCUGGAAUCUGUUCGGUUUCGUCUUUACUUGGUUCUGUCUACCUGAGACCAAGGCGAGACCAUUGGAGGAGCUGGAUGCUGUGUUUAACAUCAGGACUAGGGAUCACUUUGCUUAUCAUCUUAUCAAGACGCCUGUUAUUGGUAAGGGGCAUGUGGGGAAUAACUUGGCUGAUGUGGCUGCGGUUAUUGAGGGGAGGGAUGUGAAGGGGCAUGUUUAGGGUGAUAUGUAUCUCAG